AUGGCAGCAGUUCCCCGUGCGAGGUUAUUAAGCCUCAUGAAGGCUCAAUGCGAAAUCUUCUCGACGGCAUACAACCCUGAUGGGAUUCGAAUGGGCAACAAGAUCUUGCGACAACGACUAAAAGGCCCGUCACUCGCAAAAUACUAUCCUCCAAGGGGACCGACAGUGGGCACAUUAGAGAAAGCCUUCAAGUCCUUGAACCUCGAAACUAUCAAUGAAGAGGCAGAGGAUAGAUUAGAGCACUUAGCAGGGCAAGCUACCCUUCUAUUAUCUUUUGUAGAUGAUAUUUUUAACACCAACACAGUGUAA